GGAGGGCUCUUGAGCGCGUAAACCGUAUCCCUUCAUUCAUCAGGCCGUUUCCUGAAGCCAUUUCUAGACGGGGGAAACGAGAGUUGCGCUACUUUUUAAUCCGUUGCAUCUGCCUAAAUGCACUUUCCUAAGGAAAAAUACUUUACUAAAGUCGAUGAAUCAGACUGUCAUCUUUACUUCGGUCUGAUUAUUUUUGUAAUUUGUGCGACGGAUUAGCAGCCAUACGGGCUUGAAAGUACAGAGGCAAGAAAGGGGUUACCCCGAAUACGCAAGAUGAGAAGAGGGAUCUCCUCGGCUCCGGACAAAGUGAUUUUAACGGGGGUUGGGGCUUCUUCUUUGGACAAUAAUAUAAUUUUAACAACUCUCGCGGAUCGUUUAAACCCCGGUCAGUCCAACGCUACGUAUAUCCAAAUAAUAACCACCCCACCGCCUUGCAACGUUACACAGACAUCAAAUGUGUGUUUAUCCGAACCUCAGAUAAACAACAUUUACACAACUCCACAACAAGCUGCAGCAAACGGAGCAGGACAACGACCCGCUCUGGGGAGACCGCCGGCAAAAAGGCGGUUGGCGCUCGAUGAUUCAGACCACCAGUACCAGUCUGAACCCACCAGGACUCCAAGAGGCAGAGGAGGGGCCACAGUGGCUAAUGGGGCACGGCUAAAGACACCCAGAACACCCAAGUCUCCACCAGAGAAGACGCGGUACGACACCUCCCUGGGCCUGUUGACAAAGAAGUUUGUGGACCUUCUUGCUCAGUCUUCUGAUGGCGUCUUGGACCUCAACCUUGCCGCUGAAACCUUGCAGGUACAGAAAAGACGGCUGUAUGAUAUCACCAAUGUGCUAGAAGGAAUUCACCUUAUCAAGAAGAAAUCGAAGAACAACAUUCAGUGGAUGGGCUGUAGUUUGUUGGAGGUGGAAGGGGCACUGAGUCAGAGACAGAGACUAACAGCAGAAGUUUCUGCACUGGGAGAAGAAGAGCAGAGGCUCGAACAACUCAUCCAGAGAUGCAGCCUGGAUAUGAGACACAUGAGCGAGUUGCAAAGCAACCAGAAAUUUGCUUAUGUAACGUACCAAGACAUCAAACAGCUGGGAAACCUUAGAGACCAGACUGUUAUUGUUGUUAAAGCGCCCACAGACACCAAACUAGAAGUACCAGACCCCGAUGAGAGUUUGUCCAUCCACCUGACCAGCACUAAAGGUCCUAUAGAUGUUCUGUUGUGCCCAGAUGAGGAGAAUGACCCCAGGAGUCCGGUAAAAAACGGCAGCAUGGACAUCAAUGGAAACUCACCUUUCCUCAAAGUCCUUCAAGGUCCGACCUGCACAACUACUUCUUCCAUCCCCUCCCUGGCUCCACCUUCUUCUUCCUCAGCCGUCUCCGUCACGACUCUCUCCCCCAUCUCGUCCCCUUACACCAGUCUUCUCCAGCAGACAGAAGACCAGAUCCCUGCGUCUCUGGGGCCUUUCUUAAACCUCGGGCCUCCUCUUCUGGACCAAGAUGACUACCUUUUAGGUUUGGGAGAUGACCAGGGGAUCAGCGACCUGUUUGAUGCCUGUGACUUUGAUAAAAUGCCCUCUCUUGGCUUGGAUGAUCUCCUAUGCAGCUAGCAUUAGGUGUCACUUCAUCCAGAUGUGUUAAUGCCAAGUGCUGUGGGGGCUAAUGUUUGCAUCCUACAACACCAAUGAUCUGUGAUUGAAGGCUCAUACUGCUGACUGUUAAGUAGGCAAUUUGCGUGUUCAAAUUUAGAAUAUUUUUUAGAAAUUAAAUAUUAAAAGAUAACAGGGCAAUUUUGAUACACAGCAUUCACAACUUCAGUUAAUCCAGUGCUUCGGUUAGGCAGGCUGAGGUUUUGUCUGCACCUACUCAGACAUUUCUGGGCUUUAUAAUCAUUAAGUGACAUUUAAGCACUAGGGAGAUGUGGAAGGAAGUUCAUAAACUGUUUCUGAGUGCACAUGACUUUUCCAGUUUUAAAGGAAACUAAAAUGGCGAUGGAAAAAAUAGAUUGUGUGCUCUAAAUGUUUUAAAAGGAGACCGAUGUACACUAGUUAAUUGUACAAAAUACUUACAGUAUGCCUUAUGGCUAGUAAUUAGUUUGAUCCCCUUACACACAAAUUGUCUCUCGUACUAUAUGAUCCAUAUUCAAAAUGGAUUUCGUAGGUACAUUUAAUAAGGGACCUUUUUGUUUUCUGUUCACCUGAUCAGCCUGUUAUUCACUGAUCAAGUGGGCAACAUCAUAUUUUAUAGAUGUAAAAAUUAACAGUUUGAUGAAUACAGAACGGAACAGAUAUUGUGAUGUUUAACUUGACAUCAGCCAUGUGCUAACGGCACAGAAAAAGCCAUCAUACCUGGGGUUAAGCAAAAACAUCUGAUUUACUUCUAUAAGCCUGGCCCGUUAGCACACAUGAUGUGCAUACUUGAAUAUCAUCUGUAACUCAUACUCUUAUUGAUACUUUGUAAAAUCAGGACCCAAACAUCCACUUUCUUGCUGCUUUUUGCCUACCCCCCUCCAAGUUCUUCAGCAGAAGCUGCCGUAACCAAACUUACCCUAAUGCCUCCUCACUUAGACUGUGUGCUGUGAAAUUAUACUGUGGUUUGAGCUGAUCAGUGAAAUUCUUUGAACCACUUUCCAAUACACACUGCCAACCCCAGUGUGAAGUGAAAGCAAUGUAGGAGACAAAAUUACAAAAUUAGUGUAUUCGUCUUUUUAGGUUUGAUAAGUGUUGAAUUUUAAUGGAUUUUACAACUGUAGAAAAUAACUAAUGAAAUUGCGGUCACCUAAGCAACAAGGGGCCCGAUAGCCACUAAUUUAGGCUUCAGCAUGUAAUGAAGGGCUUUUUUUUCCCUCCGGAACCAGGAUAUUUAAAAAAAAAAAAUGCUGAAAAGGAAAAAAAUGUUUAAAAAAAAAAAAAAAAAGUCCUGUGUUGUAAAUUGAGCAAAAUCCGUGCUACAAGUCAUGUUAAAUACUAGGCUUGGUAGUACUGUUGCCAAGAUCCACUGAGUCUCCAAACAGUGGUUAAUCAAGAAAAGCCAGCUAGAGGACUUGGUGAAUUAAGACCUGUAGGGAUUACUUUGGUAUUUGGAACACCAUUGCUGUUCACUGCUAAAAGCUUCUUGUGUUUGAGGACAUCCCUGAUAAUAACAAAAAGCAAACAUCUUGUCUGAAACCCUGGCUUUUAAUCUCGAGAAACCUGCGGCUGCAGGUGAUAUUGCUGCUGUUUGUGUAAAUUUUUUCCCUGACCUGAUUGAUGUGCGCUUGAGUUAUUGCGUGUGCAGCAUGUGUGAGUUAUGUCAAAGAUCAAGCUUGCUAAAGAGUAAGCCUGCCAUGUGUAAAUUGAUGUACAGUUUUCUAAAUUUUUCAGCGCACAAGGUACUGUAGGCUACCUCUCACUUAAUGUAAGACAAUAGUAAUAGGGCAUAGAGGUAAAUGCCAUAGUGUGUAUGAGUCUUUGAAUUCCCAUAUAUUAUUUAGAUGUGAUGUUUAUAUUACAUCGCACUUUUCUCUUGAUUUGUGCGAGAUUCCACUCCUACCCUAAUAUAAUGAGUAUGCCUCUGCUCUUAAACCAGUCUCGUGCUGUUGCUUCUUAAAUUUGAAUGUCGGGGUGCACAUUUGAUGGGUAGAAACACGGACAAACUGCAAUAUUGCAAUAUUUCUUUUUUUUUUUUCCUUCCCAUUUUUCCCAUAAGUUAUUUAGUUCUUUUGUCCUUUUAUUUUGGUAAAAUUCAGAGCAUCUCUUUGACCCAAAAAGUUGUACACGUGCUUACAUGCAGUCAUUCUUUCACAGAGCCUGUCUACCCUUUACUGGCCAUGAGAAGACAUUUGCUAUGUCUCCAUUACUCACUGACCCAGGAUCAGUGACUUGUGUCCUCUGCUGAAGUGUGUAGGGGGUUUUGCUUCUGUGACACCGUGUGUCCGUUUUUAUUUUUUGGAAUGAUGUGAGGGAGUUUGACACUUUUUUUUUUUCUUUGCUUUUCUGCCAAUUUAUUUUUCAUGGAGAUUACUGAAGCUUUUUGACAUGCAUAAAAUCAAAACCCAAUCGUUAACCUGAGCUUCACCCAUCCAGUUGAGGAGAAAAUACAGUUUCUUGAUCAGCAUAAUUUAGCUUGAUUAUUGCUGCUAUCAUAAGUGAACGGAAAAUUUGACUAUAAAUGCACAGAAAUGCUCUGAUUGUACACAACUUCCCUAUAGGCAUAUUUAUAUCAGUGUAUUUUAUAUGUAUUUAUGGAAAAAUCAAGCUCAAUAUUUUCCCUUUUUGGUUCACUAACCACAGUUGUGCUAUUUUCUAAUACCAUUUACAUAGGUAAUUAUAUUUUCCUCCAUCUAUUUCAAGUGACCAGAAUCUGGUCACAAUAUUUUAUUCACUUUUACAUGAUGGAAACAUAUUUUUUGGAAAGAUUGUACCUUUUCAUGGGUUUCUAAUGGAAUGUGUAAGAUUUUAAUGCACCGCUUAAGCUAGUGUCAUUGCCAGUGAGUCUGAAAAAUGUGUUAUGGGUGACUUAAAAUUACAGCUCCUUCAUUUCUAAUGUGUGAUUCUGAUGUGUGAUUAGACCUCACAGAAAAAUAUCAUUAGGCUAAAUGUGGUGUUAACUAUAGUGAAAAUUGAAACAGCACUGUUUUUCCUGCUAUUUCCCUAUAGUUAUUCUUAAGCUGUUACCAAAUACAAUAUACUGAUCGGUAAAUAUUCUGUAACGGUUAUGUGAGAAGUUAACUAUUUUAUAGGAAGGAAUUGACUGUAAAAUGAUAUUGCUGCCUGUUUCCACUAAUUACAGAAAAAAAAACCUGUAAUAUCACAACGCAAUUUGAACGCAUGGGUGAAAGUAUUGGUGUGCUGU